GGUUGCCCGCGGAGGCGGCGGUUAGCCCUGUGCGACCUGGCUCCGCCACGAAGAGCGCCGCUCGCGAUUCUAGGUUUCCGCGCCGCGGCAGCGCUAGAGCCUCACUGAGGCGGGCGGAGGAGGAGAGGGAGAGGGGCCGGGCCAGGUCCCCGCCCUCCGCACCCCGAAUGGAUGUGCCCGGCCCGGGGUCCCGGAGGGUGGCGGCGGCGGCUGCCACCGUGCUCCGGCGCACUGCUCGCAUGCCCCGCGAAUGCUGGUUCUUACCCACCGCGCUGCUGUGCGCCUACGGCUUCUUCGCCAGCCUCAGGCCGUCCGAGCCCUUCCUGACCCCCUACUUGCUGGGGCCCGACAAGAACCUGACGGAGAGGGAGGUCUUAAAUGAAAUUUAUCCAGUGUGGACUUACUCUUACCUGGUGCUGCUGUUCCCUGUGUUCCUUGCCACAGACUACCUCCGUUAUAAGCCUGUCAUUCUGCUGCAGGGACUCAGCCUUAUUGUUACAUGGUUCAUGCUGCUCUACGCCCAAGGACUGCUGGCCAUUCAGUUCUUAGAAUUCUUCUAUGGCAUCGCCACAGCCACUGAAAUUGCCUAUUACUCCUAUAUCUACAGCGUGGUAGACCUCAACAUGUACCAGAAAGUCACAAGUUACUGUCGGAGUGCCACCUUGGUGGGCUUUACUGUGGGCUCUGUCCUGGGGCAAAUCCUCGUCUCCGUGGCAGGCUGGUCCCUGUUCAGUCUGAAUGUCAUCUCUCUUACCUGUGUUUCUGUGGCUUUUGCUGUGGCCUGGUUUCUGCCUAUGCCACAGAAGAGCCUUUUCUUUCACCAUGUUCCUUCCACUUGCCAGAGAAUGAAUGGCAUCAAGGCACAAAAUGGCGGCAUUGUAACCAACACCUCAGCUUCUGACCACCUUCCUGGCUGGGAGGACAUUGAGUCAAAAAUCCCUCUAAAUAAGGAGGAGCCGGAACCCAAGCCAGACCAUCUCCUUGUGCUGAAGGUCCUGUGGAAUGACUUCUUGAUGUGCUACUCCUCCCGCCCUCUGCUCUGCUGGUCUGUGUGGUGGGCCCUCUCCACCUGUGGCUAUUUCCAAGUGGUGAACUACACACAGGGCCUGUGGGAGAAGGUGAUGCCCUCUCGCAAUGAUGCUAUCUACAACGGUGGUGUGGAGGCCGUGUCCACCCUCCUAGGCGCUGUUGCCGUGUUUGCAGUGGGUUACGUAAAAAUAUCCUGGUCAACGUGGGGGGAGAUGACGCUGUCUCUCUUUUCCCUGGUGAUUGCUGCCUCCGUGUAUAUCAUGGAUACUGUGUGCAACAUCUGGGUGUGCUACACAUCCUAUGUGGUCUUCAGAAUCAUCUACAUGUUACUCAUCACUAUAGCAACUUUUCAGAUUGCUGCUAACCUCAGCAUGGAGCGCUAUGCCCUGGUGUUUGGUGUGAACACCUUCAUUGCUCUGGCCCUGCAGACGCUGCUCACUCUCAUUGUGGUGGAUUCCAGUGGCCUUGGCUUAGACAUCACCACUCAGUUCCUGAUCUACGCUGGGUAUUUUGCACUCAUCGCUGUGGUUUUCCUGGCUAAUGGUACAGUUAGUAUUAUGAAGAAAUGUAGAAAGCAAGAAGAUGCAGAAUUGAGUUCUCAAGUAACUACGUCAUAAUACACGGCUUAUAAACUGCUUCUUAGAGCAAAAACUGCACAGCAACUGUGCCUGGAUGUAUUUAAUGUUUUAAUAUAUAGAUGUAUAUUCAUGAAUGUGCUUUUUAAGGCUUCAAAGCAGCCAACUGACUACACUCUGUGUUCCUAGAGUGAACAAUACUGUUUAGAGGAGCCAGAGGUGAAGUUUAUCUCGUGGAUUAUUUAUGAAAGCUGUUUUAAGAAUUACUUUGUUCUGAUUCAAAAGUGAACUUGAUUUUGAAAACCGAGUAAUAAGAGCACUCAAGCACCACAUGGCGUUUAUACUUGAUAGCAAGUGAGUAUGGUGUUUCAUAGGUCAAGUUACUUCCCUGUAUCUGAUCAGCCAGGGGCUUGGCGUGGUGGGACUAGGGCUUCCCAGGGGCCAUGGGAUAUUACAGGUCAGAAUAGAAAUAGGUUCUAACAGCAACUGCCUCUAUUCAACUUAAUUCUUACUUCUGUGUUACUCAUGUGCAUUUGUGUUUCUACAGAAGAAAGUUGUUAUCACUGGCAAUAUUUGCUCUGGUUUGGUGUUCUGUCGUAUUAGGAAUGUGUGUCAUUUCUAAUUUUAAGUUAUUUUUAAAAAUUCAUUGUAUGAAUGUUGUUUCCACCUUGACAGUUUUGUACUUAUGUAGAUUAUCUUUAGAAAUACACUUUUGCUUUAUUCAUAUGCUUCUCAGAGAAGCUCAUUUAGUUAGAAAAUAAGGCAAGUUUUGAGGCUUGCUAAUAAUCUAAAUGAAGAGACCUAAUCAGAACACUUAAGGUAUGUUUUGCCUGUCUUUUAGUCUUCAGUAUGAAGGACUUUUAAUUCUAUGAUGAAAAGUUAAUAUAUGAGCUAAAGAUAACAACUAGCCCAUAUUGUAUUCGUGUUCCCUUUUAUUUCCAAAAUAAAAUGGAAGUCUUUUUUUAAUAUCUUCAUCUCUAUUUAUAGCUUAUUUAUUAUUUGUCCUUCUUAUCCAAGAUAUAGAUUUCAUUAGGACUUAGAUUUGUUGGAUUAUUAAAAGUCCUUUUCACAAACUGAGCCUCUUUUUACUGAUUUCAGUGGGACAGGAACUAGGAUAGACUUGAUUCCUGCGUUUUGUACAUUAAAUCUGCCUUUGUCUCUAAGGGUGGACCAUCUUGGAAUGUCUGCUUAAAAUAAUAAUUACUAGUGAUUUCAUUUCCAAGGUACUGGAAAAAUGUUAUUAUGUAAGCAUCGAAUUCUGUAAUUAGUCAACCAAGUGGCUGCUAGUGUAUGUGAGACAUGAAAACCAUUUUAAAGCCGACUUUGUUGCCUUAUCUUGAAAAAAAAAUCUAGGUUAACUUAUUUAGAAUAACAUAGGUAAGCAGUGUGAAUAAUAGUAUCAAGAUUCCAAAGUUGACAUAUUCAUUUAGUAUAAGUGGGAACACUAGAAGUAAAUGAAACAGGGUAAGUAUAGGCCAUUUUCCACUCACUUUCCUUUCUGAUCAAAGGCAAGAGCAGAACACUAAGGGAAGAAGUGAUGUCAUAAAAGGACGGCCUCUAAUUUUAUAUUGUAUCUUUUGUUUUGCUACGUAGGGAAUUGUUUAUUCAGAAACAGGUAGAAAAGUGGUGUUUGAGGGAUUUUAUUUUAAUGUUUUUUAAUAAAAUGCACUGUGGUACAAUCAAACUCUUCAUGUUACCAAAGCAAUAUUUCCCUGGAAUUUAAUUCAAAGUUCAUGGUCGCACAACUGGAGCCUUUACUUAUUUAAGACAAUAGUAAGUUCAUAUCCUGGUGUGUGGCCAUAUUUACAGAAUGCUGAGCCCAGUUUGUAAGUUGUACUGUAUGCAGUUUUGCAAAGAAGUGAAAGUAAUUUGUUGUACUUUUUAUUCAA